AUGAAGCUGACUCCAGGAAAGAUAUUUACCGCUGGAUUGGCAGUGUUUAGCAAUCUUAUGAUAACGGAGGGCAUGGGAUAUCAUCUUUAUGACAUUCAUUUCUCAUCUUUAUCGCAAAUGAAAGAUUUGGUUAUCUGGUACUAUAUCUGCCAGAUAUUCUAUUUGUUGAUUAUAUACUUCAUCAAAGUUUCCAUUCUUUUCCUCUACCUCCGAAUCUUCCCCGAGUUUUAUCACUUCCGAUUUCAAGUGAUUGGAACAAUGGUCUUUGUGACGGUGGCUGUGGUCAUCAUCGUACCAAUGGUUAUCUGGCAAUGUGUCCCGGUACACGCAAUAUGGGAGUUCAAACGUGAAGAUGCCCGAUGCCUUAGUAUUUCAGGCGUCGCAUACGCCAGCGCAGCAGUCAACAUCUUUACAGAAGUGCUGGUCCUAAUUCUGCCCUUACCACUACUUCAGACCCUUCGCGCAUCCCGGACACAAAAAAUAGCACUAUACCUUCUUUUCGGAUGUGGAAUUAUAGUUAUUGGCGUUGCAGCUGCACGCAUCCCAAGCUUGAGCCAUGUAGAGGAUACCCAUGAUCCGACCUAUUUAAAUGCUGGCGUCAUCUAUUGGACUGCCGCUGAAACUGCGGUUGCGCAUCUAUGUGCGGCGGCGUUGGCUGUUCGCCCGCUCUAUGUGAAAUGCCGUAAUGAUCUUCGGAGGAGGAAGAAGAAACCUGAUUCUACUUCGACGCUUGCGAAAUUACCUGGGGCGUGUGUACCAGAAAUCGAUACUAAUCAUGUUGUUGGUGGAUAUAGUGAGGGGGAAGUGAACCAUAGUUUGCAUGAUUCAGAUGCGAUCGGUGGUUACAAUCCGACUUCUCCACUGAGCAAAUCGACAACCGAGGAGCUGGAGUCGGCUGUGUGA